AUUCACUGUUCGUACAGAGCCAAGUUGGCACGGGCCAAUCACGCAGCAGUAUUCGUGUGUGGGGCGGGAUAUUCGGGUGUGAAGACGACACCAAGCGCCAGUAGAUCAAAACAAACAUGGCAACGGAGGACAACGAUCGUGUAGAUGCUGCUAUUAAGUCAGUUUUAGCUGAAUCUCCUAUUGCUUCUUUGAAGGAAGAACAACGAGAGGCGCUUUGCGCAUUUCUGGAUGCUGUUCGCACAAGCUGCAAAUGUUACUUGGGCGAGUCGCUGAUUAGCUGGAGAUCGAUAUUGACUGGUUGCUAUGAUGCCUGUGGACGAAGAGCGAUUAACUAAAAUCCAAUCAGUUUAAAGAAUCUACUUCGAUCAACGGAGCUCAACCUGCAAAGAGUGGCACAAAAGUAAAUCUUCACUGGUUCCUUUUACAUUCAGUCUGAGGGUCAUGAUGAUGGAUGUAUUCAGCAGAGUCCAGAUUCUCUGAUUCGACAAGCUCUUCGUACUUCAGAUGAUUUCUCUGUCACAGUCAAGCUGUGUUACACAUUGGAGGCCUCUCAGUGGUACAACUGAGUUAGCAGUGUCAGUCCACUGUACUCCAGCUGUAAGUCUGCUUCAUUGAAGUCCACUCCUUAGAGAUGGAGUCUGUGUCUGCGAGGAAGAAGGGGGGCUGUGUACGACAGGAGAACUGUCUCACCUUCCAGGAUGAGCAGCUCAUCAGUGACUUAGAUGCUGUGCAGUAUGAGCUGGCUACCUCCAUGUCUCAGGUUCGCCUCAGAGGCCCUAGGAUUGGGAUUAACAGUAAUGUGGCUGCCAUGAGUGAACAGAUUCGCCAGCUUGAAGCAGAACUGGAAGUUCAGGCCAAAGAACUAAAGGAAGCAGAGCUGAGGGCAGAGUGUUGUCAGGAAGCAGCAGAUCACAGUGACAUUGCAGUUGCAACACUUACUGAAGAGCUGAGCUCGCUCAAAGAGGAGCUGGAGAACAAGAUGGCGCUAGGGAAACGGGCUGAACAACAAAGGAACCAAGCACUUCAAAAUGCAGAGCAACUCAAAGAAGCUUUCAAAGAUUAUAAGGCUGCCAUUUCCAUUAAGCUUAAUAAGGUGAUGGAGAGCGAGAGCAAACUAAAAGAGAGUCUUAUUGAGUGUGACAGAGAAAAAGAAGAGCUGGAAAUAAAGUUUACUGUUUUGGAGAGAGAGAAGUCUGAACAGAGCCAAACAAUAAGCCAGCUGAAGGAGGAGUUGAAGCAGGCCAAGGCUGCAGCUGCUGGCCUUCAAACCCAAACUGAUGAGGCCGAACGCAAGGCCUCACAUCUGGAGCGGCAGCUUGUGGAACGAGGUACAGAGUGCAGGGAGAUGGCUGUUCUGCGGCGGGAGCUGGAAGAGCUGCGGACUCUGAGCCACAGUCAAGAGCAGAGAGUGGCCCAGAGCCAAAGGGAGGCUCAGCAGAGCCAGACAGAGCUGGCCGGCCUGGAGGCCAUAGUGGCCCUGCUGCAUCUGCGAGAGGGUGUCAUGGGUCCAAUCUGUGCCAGUCCUUGCAUGUUGCCCCAAGUGGAUUAUUCAGGAACUGCACACCUGCUGAAACUAAAGCCAGGUGAAGGCUACCAGCAGCUGCUGCGAGUGCUGCAGUCGAUAGAAGCUGAGCGGAAGAAACAGAGCAGCCUGACCGAGCGGCUUCAGGAGCGUCUGAGCCGAGCACAGGAGGAGAUCAGCUCCCUGCAGAGCUCCAUGGCCCAGAGAGCCUCCCACUACCAGAACCUCCACACAGAGCUUCUGGACAAAGUCAGCCAUGCUGCUGACACAGAGAAAGAGUUAAAAAGAAAAAGUGCACGAGUCGCUGCCUUGGAGAAACAGCUACAGGAGAAAACUUCCGCUUACGGUCAGGCUGCCCUGAAGAACACUGAGCUGGAAGAUCAGCUGCUGGAAAAGACCAGCUCUCUGCAGCAUUACCAGACACUGAUGACCAAAAAGCAAAGAGAGUACCAGCAGUCUUUGGAAAAGUGUAAACAAACGCAAGCUCAUCAGUUCACGGAGCAACAACAAAGAAUAGAAAUGUUGCAGUUGUCUGUGGAAGAGGCUCAGUCUCAGGUGUUUCUGAUGCAGCAGGAGUUGAAUUCACUCCAGACGGAUCGUGAUGAAGCUCAGAAAGCAGCUCUAGUACUGCAGACAUCUUUAGACCAGCUCACACAGGAAAAGCAGGCUGAAGACAGACACAAUGAGGAGUUGCUGCAGAGUUUCAAAGAGCAGGCAGCUCAGUCGGCCGCCAAGGUGUAUGAACUGCAGUUGUCGCUGUCGGCGUGUAGAGACGAGCUGAACUUAUACCUGCAGAAGAUGGAGGAGGUGAAGAAGAACUGUGAGAGUGAGCUGCAGAAGAGCAAUGAAAAGGUGUCGUCUCUGCAGGAGAAGCUCCACAGCAGCAGUCUGGCGUGUCAGAGCUCCAGUGAGCAGAACCUGCAGCUGCAAGUUUCUCUCCAGCAGCAGCAAACGAUGCUAACCGAGAGCACUGCUCGAGUUUCUGAGCUGGAGGAGAGCCAGAGUCAACUACAGAGACAGGUUUCCAGUCUGGAGCAGCAGCUGGAACGAACCCGGUUAUCUCUGCAGGAUGAAGUCAGGAACAGAGAGCAGGAUGUUCAGCUGAAAGACAAGAACCUGCAGGAGGUGAACCAACAAAACGCACAACUCUCUGAGUCUGUCAGCCAUCUCACAUCAGAGAUGAAAGAGUGUCGAGGGGAGCUGGUGUCUAAAGACUCAGAAUUGGAGCGUCUGAGGAGGGACGUCGCCAUCAAGACUUCUCAGAUCAACAGCCUGGAAGAGAGUCUGCACCACACGAAGGGCCAACUUGUCAGCAAGAGUGACAUGGUUAUGGAUCUUGAGGAAAAGCUCCACCGCUGUGAGGCGGAUCGGCUCGGCUCUGUGCAGCGGGUCCAAAUCCUGGAGGGCCAGCUGCAAACGGUGCGUGGAGAGUUGGCGGACACUCUGGAGCAACUGCAGGAACUCAGGGACAUUCUGCAGAGAACCCAGACCAUUUCAGAUGAGCGGCAAGCCUCAGUGGAAAAACUGACUGUUCGGCUUAGUGAGACCCAGAGGGAGCUGGAGGAGAGAACUCACGAGGUCUUAGACCUGGACAAUGCACUGAAGGAAAGACAGGGGGAGCUCCAACAGAGAGCAAAGCUGCUCGGCCAGCUGGAUGUGGCCAUCAAAGAGCACAAGCAGGAGAUGGACAGGAAGGUGGAGUCUCUGCAGCAGAGGCUGGAAGACAGAGCGAGCGAGCUGAGAGAGGCACAGAGGCAGUUCACAGACAGAAACAUGAAGGAGUCACAGGAGUUCAACCAGCAGCUUCACGUUUAUCAGCAGAAACUUCAGAAAGUCCAAGAAGAGCUUGAAGAAACUCAGAGUCACUGUGAGGCUCUGAGCAGAGAGCUGGACUCCACCAAACUGCUGACCAAAGAGACGGAGGCCCAGCUGUGUAGUGUGGAGGAGGAGCUGACUCUGAAGGAGGCAGACUGGCUGCAGUCGGAGGCCAGGCUGAACAGCAUGGUGGCGUCUUUGGAGCGGGAGCUGGAGCUGGAGAGGGAGCAGCACAGCAAGGAGCUGGAGUCUCUGCAGCAGACCCGAGGUCAGCUCCUCAAAGUGUCGGAGCAGAUCUCCUCCUCCAUGCGCUCUUCCCAGGAGCAGCUCACUGUUAAACUUCAGCAGAGCCAAAUCCAGCUCUCGCAGGCCAAGGCCCACUGUGACCGGACCAAAGCCCAGCUGGACCAAACUAAGACUGAGCUGGAUCGCACCCGGAACCAAAGCAGUCACCUCCAGACACAGUUAGACCAGAGCCAGGCUCAGCUCCUUCAGACUGAAGUCCAGCUGGAGCAGAGCAGAGUCCACAACAGCCGCUUACAUGUCCAGCUGGAGCAGCUAACCGUGCAGUUAAAUCAAACCCGGGUCCAGCUACACGCCUCUGAGAAGUCUGUGCAGACCUCCACUGACUCUCUGCUCAUCAAGGAGUCUGAGGUAACUCGUCUCCAAGCCAAAAUCUCCAGUCUGGGACGAGCUGCUGACCGACAGAACCUCUUCAAUCACGCGCUUUCUCUCCCUUCUCUGCACAAACUCACUCCAGAGCACUCUCCUCCUUCCUCCCCCAGUAAGCUCCAAACCACAGUUCACUCUCCCUCACGUAUUCACUCAGUGCUCCUACGCUCCCCGACACACACACAAACCAGCUCAUCACCUCCUGAUCACAUACACCUCCAGCCCGGGUCAGCCGUUCUGUCUGAGAGCAGCAUCAGCUCCUCUCUGGACCUUCCUCUGAGCCUGAAGGCCACACUGAGGGAGGCUCUGAGCAGCAAACAGCCGUGGGAGUCCUGCUCACUUUCCAAUUCCUCCUUCUCAGACACAGUGGACCACAGCUGGCAGGGCCUCUCUGCUACCGAGGCCUCAGCAGCGUCUGACCUCUCCUUCAACCCGCUCACUUACAUGGUGGACAAACAAAACGUUGAUAUGGAGGCUACCUCGAUGCAGGAGGAAGGAGACGAGCCUCUCAGUGAGUCCAGGAGGGAUUCUGAGAGCACACUGGUGGGUCAGGAGGAGGAGGUGGACAUGAGCUCACUGACGGGGAUGCUGAGGUUUGUUAAUCAGACGUUAGCCAUGCAGGAGGAUCCUUCUUUACGGAGCUCCACAAACCCGUCACAGACCUGACGCAGCCUCACACUCCAGGGGGACGUCAAGGAGCGUAGUGAAGAAGAGCUGUUUACAUCGAUGUGUGUCUGUUCAUGUAUCGUAGUCUCAUAUUUAUUAAAUCUGUCUUCUUGGUGUGUUUUUACCAUCAAACUGUGAUAUUAAAUGAUCACAUGAAUGUAGCAUUUUGUAUUUCAUGUUGUAUUUUUUAUAUAUUUGUACAGAGUUUUAAAUAAGGUAAGCGAAUUAAAGAGUUUUUUUUCAAGUU